ACUAAAUAUACUAGCGCUGGUCAUGUAAUUCUAAUGCUUCCACGCAAGUCCGAAAACUCUUCUCUUUCCUUCAACGACUUUUUUCAAUUGACUGAAGAGACAUCCCUGCACUACUACUCAAUCGUAAUUCGAUCGCUACUCGAUUACCAAUGGAUUCAACAACUGCCCUACGUGCUGUCGCUGCUAACAUCGACCAACCCUGGGAUCACCAUGUGUAUGACGUAAGAUCUCACGAACAGGCAACUAUCGACGAUGCUGUAGCAGUCUUUGAAAGUAUUCUCGAACCUUUGCAGGACUUGGAAAGCGACGAGGUAUCUAAUGGAUCCGACCUAGCCGCUGCAGAGGGGGAGAUUAGUCAACUAACGUUGAUUUCAUCGGAGCGUAAUAACAAUAAGGAGACGUUAUUAACUGCUGAAACCUUUAUUUGGGUACCCCAAAUGCCUGAAUAUCCUAUGACUAGCGAAACUGGGGUCUGUUACGUUAUUUCGGCUCGAGGGCAAACGAAAGAACAAGCGAGAAGCCAUAUCAACGAGAUCCAAUUCUGCCAUGGCCAUAAGACUUCUUGGCGUCAAACUACCUGUGCAUUUUUAGAUAAUGCGAUCUGUAACCGCGUUACUUAUAAAUGUACAGGAGUAAAAGCAUGUGAAUACCUAUCUCCAGCUUUGCGAAAUCGGUCUUACACAGAGGUUUCGGAAAAUGAAUGGGAUUUAGUAGCAACAGCUAAACAAGAAGCUGAACGGGCAAUUAACGACCAAGUCCAUUAUCAAGCGCUCUGCUUUCUUUAUGCCGAGAUUAAGCUUUUUGAGGAUGGCAAGCUUUGUAAGCCUUAUGAAAAUACUUGCAAGCUUGAGAUUAUUCAGGAUGGAAAGACUAUUUCCGGGGUUCCUCGCCAUACAUUACGUUGUAUCCAUUCACGCCCUCACUCAGAAACGCCCUCGCAUGUGCGGCAUCAUUGGAAGCCGAUUCCACGAGAAUAUAAUCCAGCAAUUAUAUUAUUCCAAGCAGUUCUGAAUAACACUCUAGUCGACCAAAUUCAACCGGGGCCUUGCUAUCAUAUAGCUCAAAAUAAAAAACUUGCAAAACUAUGCCCUAUCGUACAUCCGCAAGGAAAAGGGAAGAUCAUCGAGUUAUCUUGCCAAUGCGAAUACGACUUUUAUAUACCUCUGGAUUUAGACCUACAUCCAUACGUAUUAUGCGUUUGCCACGGAACUCAUCGACAUCCAAUUCCUCCACCAUCAAAAUUAGGCUCAAAGCUUUAUACUGAGACUUGGGACUUAAUUCAGAGAAUAGCAGAUCCAAGGCUAAGAUGUACACUCUUUCUCAAAAACCCAAUUGUACAAACUUGGAUUCGAAGUAAAGGGGCUACAUCACUUGUAGACCUUCAUCCAGCUUUAAUCAAUUCGGAAUUAAUUGGUUAUAUUAUUCGAAAGCAUAGGAUGAUUCACUUUGCAGCAGGCUCGGGCUUAAUGGCAGUCCAACGGGCCUUCGAACGCGAAAAUGGCAAACCAGGCCAAUACAUCCAAGAGGUGUUUCAAAACUCGACUAACUUUAUGGUUAUUUGUUUUAAUAACGAACAGUUUCAUCUAUUCAAGUCAUUACGAACUUGUACUAUAGAUAUGAACUAUAAGCAUUUAAUUGACCGCGAAGAUCGAGAGGUUAUUUGGGCUGUCUAUGAUGAGGGAAUCUGUAGGAAUGUUGCUCUAGUUCGAGUUAUAACAAACUCUGAUUCGAUUAAGAUGUAUCAUUUUAUGUUUCAUCAGGUUUUUCGAAUUAUGAGGGAGAAGUUUAACUACGAGGUUUCUUGGGCAUUCGAUCAAACGCUAGGAUCCGCUGAAAAUCCAUUUAUUGGGUUUACAACUGACCAGGACUAUAAAUUAAUUAUUGGUCUCGGAAUGUAUCUUUAUGAUAAAUUCCAACAGGGAAGUUGGCUUUAUUAUGUGAAGAGUACAAUUCGCUAUUGCAAGGUGCACUUCCAACGAGGGGUUGAAAAGAUUACUGGUGUAGCGAACCGUGGACCUGAUUCCGACUUCUCUCGAAUGAUGGAGCUUCUUCAUAUGCAAUCUGAAGAGGAUUAUAAUGAGCUUUGUCGGCUCUUAUCUACUAAUUCCACAAAUCCUAAGUUACGGGCAUGGGCUUUACACAAAGUUCGACCAGCUAUUAAGUGUGGAGUUAAUCAGCAUUUUUCUUGGAUUUCUUCUAGCGAUUGGGAUAAAAUGGCGCCUUCAACAAAUCCGGCUGAAGUCCAGCAUCAACGAAGCUAUCAUUAUGGGGGCCGCUAUCAAUAUGUAGCAGAUUGCGUAGAGAACAAUCGUCAACUAGACGAAAAGGACUUCGAAUCAGCAGCAAUUUAUAAGAAGUUCAACAUUCCGUACGCUUAUCGACCAGCGUCGAUCCAAGAUCGAUAUGCAAGGUCUACUAUGCGAGAAAUUACUACUAUCCAAAAGCGACGUCGCGAGACCGAGAGCUUCAGCGAUUUUCCCAUCCCUAGCCCAAGUCCAACAUUUGAUUAUGCCUCGAGUAGUAAUCAACUAGGUAUCCCUAGUUCAGCUGUCUCUGAAGCCCGCGAAUUAUCACAGUAUAGUUCAUCUGGAUCGGCUCGAUCGGGAUCUUUACCUAGUAGAUCGAAGUUCAAGAGGCAUAAAAGUCUCAAUCCACAUCGAACGCAAAACACUUCUGGUCACGCACAGGACAGUCUGGAAGCUCGAUUCCAAGCUGUUGAUAUACUUAGACGAGAAGAAGAAGCGCGCGCUCUGAAGCUUCAAAACGAUGAAAAGGAGCUAGAACUUGAAGAAAGGCGGAGACGACUAAACGGAUAA